CUGCCUGAGCAGAGAGGCUGUUCUCCAGGGGUGCCGCUCCACGCUCGCGACCGGACCCAGCCCGCCGCACGACUGACCUGAGUGCAGCCCGAGAGGUCCAAGUAGAUGAUCCUGUGACAGCCCUUCCCUGUGGCCAGGGACUGCAGCUGUAACUUCGCCCUAGCCAACCAGGAAAGGCUCAACGUUCGAAAAAGACCCGCCACAGCCGCGAGAGUCCCCGAACCAGCCGGCAGCGGGAAUGCGGGUGAUCGCUCUGAUGGUCCUCCUGGCCCUCGGUUCGGCCGAGCCCCGGAAGGCCAGGCCCGAGGGCAGGCGGGGCCGGGGGAGGGGUAGCAGGAGGGCGGGCACCGUCAAGCGCUUCGCCGGCGAGUGCAAGGAGUAUACCGAGGCGGGGGACAAGUACCUGGACUGCCAGGACAAAGAGCUGACCGCUGUGAUCACGGGCUGGCCGGAGGACACCGUGCACCUGCUGCUGGCCCGGAACAAGAUGCAGGUGCUGCGGGCCGACACCUUCGCCCACUUCAGGGGCCUCAAGAGCCUGGACCUGCAGCAGAACCAGAUCGACAAGAUCGAGGAGGGCGCCUUCAACGGCCUCAGCAAACUGACCACCCUGCUGCUGCAGCACAACCGCCUGCAGGUGCUGACCGAGGAGGUCCUCAUCCCGCUGCCGCGCCUGAAGCACCUGCGCCUGUACGACAACCCCUGGAGCUGCCACUGCCACCUCGACAGCCUGGUGCGCCACCUGCAGGUGCCGGGCAACCGCAACCUGGGCAACUACGCCAAGUGCGCCGAGCCCGUCAACCUCCUGGGGCAGAAGCUGAAGCGCAUGAAGGUGGAGCUGCUGUGCCCGGAGGAGAACGACCUGAAGCCCGAGGAGAUCCCGCAGGGGCCCAUCACUGGCGUGAAACCGCCAGACGCCACCACCAGCUGCCGCACCUACAUGUUCCCCAAGCCCCUGCUGGACUGCAGGAACCAAGAUCUGAAGAAUGUUCCAGCUGACCUCCCCUCUGACAUAGUCAAGAUGGACCUCUCCAAAAACAGCAUCAAACAGCUCAGAGCCAAAGAGUUUGUGGCCGCCAAGGACCUGAAGUUACUGAACCUCAGCAGCAACAACCUUGACCGUAUUGAUACAGCUGCGUUUUCUGGCCUCCUGUACCUCAGAGAGCUGGACCUCUCCAACAACAGCCUGCGUUUCUUCCAGUACGGGGUCCUGGAAGACCUGUACUUCAUCAGGAAGCUGGAGCUGGGAGACAACCCCUGGAUAUGUGACUACAACAUCCACUACCUGAUCUACUGGCUCAAGCACCACACCAACGUGGAGUACUCAGGGCUCAAGUGCAGCUCCCCACCCAAGUACAGUGGCUGGCAGGUUGAGGAGUACGUCAAGACCUACAACGCAGAGUGUCCCGAAGACCUACUACUGGGUUACUCGGAAAACGGCCAGGAGCUCGCUGUCGAAACCGAGGAGGAGGAGAUGGAACUCCCCCGACCGCUAACAACCUUUAAGAAAUUCGAAAUCACAAGGUUGAGUUAAAAAAAAGACUCAUUUGACCGCCCCCCCCCCCCCCUCCUCCGCAAGAACUGUAUUUUUUGUAGGACAGUCUAAUUCAGUCUGUAUCAGAUCAAAGCUCAUUCUUUUGUUCUAAAUCAUUACUUAUUGAGAACGAUUGCCGUUUUUAGUUAGUUUUUUUUUAAACAAUAAUAUUUCAUACUGAGACUAAUUUGUAUAAAAGUGAUUAUCUUUUUUUUACUUUGGGUUUGUCUUUCUGUCAAUGAAAUAAAACUGCCUGUUUUUUUUUCUGAAGCCCUCUCGUAAUAAUAAGUAGAUGGUUGUGAAUACAAAAAAGCAUUUUUGCACAAUAUAACAACCUCUUUGUGUACUACUGUCAUGACUGAAUUUCUGAACCUGAAAACUAAGGUGUGCAAUUCACAUUGUACUCAUGAAGUCCAAAUAAAGUACAAAUCACGUUUGGACUAAACUA